AUGGUUUCUGACUCUGCUCGUAUAGCCGACCUGCCGCUUGAAGUAUUAGAGCGCAUCCUAUUGAUUUUGGACCCUCUUGAUGUUGCGAGUACAGCGCAAGUGUGUCGGCUCUUCCGCGGGCUCGUCUACUCUGUCAGUGAUGAGCAUUUCUGGCGAGCUCUUUACUUGGCACAAUCAUUUGAUGACCCCCGCGAGGCGGUGACCUACCUCGGCGAUCGCCGGACCAAUAUCAAAUGGAGGGAGGAACUACAGCGGAUCAUCCGCGCGAGGACAGUCGUAAAAGAUGUUACUGUCUGUCGACCAGAUGAAAGAUGUCAAGUACUACGAACCUUGCUUGACAUGGUGACGAACGUACCACCUCUGCCUUUCCCUGAGAGCGAGCCGACCUCCCGUAAUGUGUUAUGGAUACAGACGCUCCUACAGGACGGCGCGUUCCUCGAUCUGGAGAGUCAAUCGCAUGAAGAAGAACAGCUCCGCGCACGGUUGCACGCAUGGUUCGGGUUGACUGAUAGAGACGCAUUGGCGACGCAGAGAGUAAUAUCCCGAGCAUAUGUUUACAGUCAGCGCAACUACCGGUCCUCGAACAGUUUUGGGCCUUUUAUGCGAGAUGGGAGUGGAGUAGUCAAUUGGGUGCAUAUGCAGAAGCUCGCACAUGUUUUUGCUAGCGCGUUGAUGGAGAAGGAUGAGGAUGAAGGGUUUGGAUUUGAAAUUUGCUCCUUGAACCUGGCUUUUUGUCAAGCCGUCAUACCGCCUCGCCUAGAUCUGAACCGGGAGACUGAUUGGGCUGGCGUCGAGGGCUUGUGGCGCAUCUCUUAUUGUUUCAUGGAUCAUCGGGAGUUACUAAUUUACAAUGACCUCAAUUUACCAGAGGACGAGCCACUUGAUCCCUCUAUAUUUGAAGAAGGAGAAUUACAAGAGACGUUCUGCACAGUAGACAUAUUUUUCCGUGUGAUCAAUGUGGAGCCAGACCCGGAUCACCCGACACGACCAAAAAUCAACUACAUAGGAGAGAUGGAUGGUAAUUUCUCGGUGGUUGGCUACGUCAAACUCACGCCUGACGACCAGAUACGAUGGCACUUUGUCGCUGGUAACGGAGAUCAGCCAGUGUGGUGGGGUGAAGCGAUUGUUAUGGGGAAUAUUCGUUCUCAAUUUGGAGUUCUUGGGGCUUGGUCUACGACUUUGCAUGACCCACAGGAUCCCAUUGGUGCGUGGAAAUGUCCUUUGGUCGAUUUCUCACAUCAGUGA